AUGGACAUGAAGCCGUUCAACUUGGACAGGUCGGUUGCCUCGCUGUACACGUUCAACUUGUAUCUUCGCAACAGGGAGACUAAUCAUAACAACCGUACCAGCCCUGCGGGAGAGGUCAAUGACAGAGACGAGAGCGGCCGGGACCGGGCCGGACCUUCCACUACACAGAUGGAACCAGCUGAAGAGACAAACGAGACAACAGCAGAGAACGCAGAGACGACUGGGGAGCCUGCCGGACUCUUCGGUGGCAACGGUGUUACUACUGACGCUGCUGAAUCUAGCGCAAACACGACUACCGCCUCCCCACAGGCUGCGAUGGUCCAGCCUUCUCAGACACCAACCGUACCUACUACUAACGUUGCCAACAACCCUUCUGCAAACAUGGGGGUAGCGACCACAGCUGCAGCCCCCGCUUUGCACCUGGGUCUAGCACCCAACAACCCACCCGCAGAUAAUGGUAGCGACGAGUCUGACGAAGACACCUUCACUCUCAAAGGUCUCGCCCGAACCCUCAACAAGCUCUUUCCUGAGGGACUCACAGUUGGAAUGGCGAAUGCGAUGCCGGCGGUCAUGGAGGCCUUUGAGGGCAAUCUCGAUGACAACAAUGCCGCCAAUGCUAAUGGUGGCAAUGCGGCACUCACCAAGGAGGAGCGCUACCUAAAGUAUCUCUGCGAGUUUAUCGAGGCGCUCUCCGUCAGCAAAGUCCAAGCCGAGCAGAAGGAAAACAUUACCCUUCAGCACCUCCGCGUUGCGAAUGAGCGCGAAGCGAGGCUGCGUGCAGAGGGCGAAGGUCUCAGAACGUCACUGGGCUAUUGGGAGCAAUCAUACAACGCCGUCUUCGCUGGAGCUGGCAACGGAAACGGACCCACUGCUCCUCAGCACGGCGAGUCGAGCAGUGCAGGAGCGGCACGCGAAGCUGCCCUCGCCGCAACUCAACAUACUGCACCACAACCAACUACUACGAUGGCGCCUGCGACGCAACCGCCUGGCAACAUGUGGCCGAUGAUGCUCGCCCUCGACAGACUCCGCAGGGACAAUAUGCGUUUGUAUGACAUAGUCGGCCAACUCACUACCCGCUGCCGGGCCCUUGAACAACGCCACACUCUCGACCAUCCCUCCGAUGCCGACUUCUUCGCCAGCACGGAGAACUGGAACAAUACGACCAUGGCCACUGGCGGCUUCGACGCCAACACUCAGACUCAGCCACCCUUCGCUCCUGUCCCGAUUGACGGCAUGGAUGGCACGAACAUCUCUGUGAUGCUGGCGAUGAACAACCCCGAGGUCAUGCAAGCUGCCGGCCGAGCUUUCUUUCGGGAAUUCAACUAUCAAGCCGCCCAGAUUGCCAACGCCAUGAUGGCUGCCAACCUCGCUCAGCAGCCCGCGCCGCCUCUCCCCGUCCCCGGUCCCCAGCCCCCAGCUCCUGGCGCUGCCCCUCCCUCUGCUCCAAUGGCGCCUACCAAUCCGGCCCCUUCCCCUGGCACUCAGGGCCCUGCUGGCCCGUCUGAUCCUGCUGGCGCCUUGUGA